AUGCCUCGAACACGCCAGCAGCGGGCAGAGGAGCAGCUCGACCUGAACUAUGACCCACGCGGUCCACCAAGACAGGCAAUGCCUGUCAAGUCAGAGUCAUUUCCGCCCACCAUGCCUAUGGCCCUGCCCGACCCAGCUCAUGGCAUCGACGUGAGAACAAAAUUCCCCGUUGCUCGGAUCAAACGAAUUAUGCAGGCCGAUGAAGACGUGGGCAAAGUCGCCCAAGCGACCCCCACUGCAGUUGCCAAAGCUCUUGAGCUUUUCAUGAUUGCCCUGGUGAGCAAGGGAGCUGAGGAAGCAAAAGCCAAUCGAUCUAAACGGGUCACUGCUCAACAUCUGAAGGCAGCCCUGAUGAAAGACGGCCAAUACGAUUUCUUAACUGACAUUUGUGAAAACGUCCCGGAUGAAGGAUCUAAAAAGGGACGAGCCAAAUCCGAAGCAAAGAGCGAAGACAGCGAAGACGACAUUGCCCCCAAGAAGAAAGGCAAGGGAGGAAGGAAGAGGAAAGCUAACAGUAGUGAUGAUACUGAUUGA